AUGUCGUUGGGCGUCAACCUGUCCGCUCCGGGCAUCAAGUCGGCCUACGACGCCGUACUAUCCGGCUCCAAGGACUACCUCAUCCUCUCCUACGAGCGAGGAUCCAACGACAUCAAAGUGGACACGCUAGCCUCUGGUAGUCUAGACGAUGCCUUGUUCGACUUUAGCGACGGGUCCAUCAUGUACGGUCUCAUACGAGUGGUGGAUCCCAACAGCAACCUUCCAAAGUACGUCCUGAUCAACUGGUGCGGAGAAGGCGUGCCCGUCAAUCGCAAAGGUCUCUUCCCGAGCCAUUCUGCGGACGUUGCCAAGUUCUUGAGAGGGUAUCAUGUCAGUGUCAAUGCGAGGACGGAAGCUGAUCUGGACGCAAAGGCCAUCAUGAAGAAGGUGGCAGACAGCGGUGGUAGCAAGUACUCGGCUGCUGGCGAUGCUGCAAACACUCAGCGCGGUGGGCGCAUCGAGCCUGUGGUGAGUUUUGACUGGCUUCUUGGCGUCGUCCGAAGCUCUGAAUUCAAGACACAUCUUCUGCACCCUUCACAUCACUCCUUCCUUCGCCUGGCCAGGGCACGGCAUACACCUCGCGCAAGGACGAUCUAGCCAACAUCCGCGCAAAUGCAGCUGCUACCGCAUCAGCUCCGCCCCCUGCCCCCAGACCUGCAGUGGCACAGCCUCACACUCCUGCUGCUCCUGCUGCUCCUGCGGCACCUCCAGCUCCUGCUGCUCCCGCGACAUCCACUGGCGGCUUUGGUGCUCCCAAAGUUGGCGGAAUUAUCGGUUCUGUACCACCAGCUCCUGCCCAAGUGAGUGACGGAUUUCCUGGCUCCCCAUUUCGAUUGUUCCGUGAUGCUGAGUCAAUCUAUUUGCGUGGCGGCUCUGAUUGUAGCAGCCUGCUGCGACUAUCGUGCGCUCUGCCGCGCCAGAAGCGCCUGCGAAGCCUGCAGCAGAAGAUCGCAUAGGUCCCGUGGGAACGGCCUACGAGCCGGUCCGAAUCGGAAAGCCCGGCAAGCUGGGAGCCAACAGAUGGAAUCCUGGCGCGAAUGCUAGCAGUUCACCUUCGACCCCAGCCGCAGCUGGUGGACCCGCACCUCGUGCGCCAAGCGGAGGACUUACCUGGAGUCAGAGACAAGAGGCUGCUAAGAAGGAGAGGGAGGAGGAAGAGGCGAGAGUCAAAAGUUUGGCUGGAGCAGCUGCGACUGUGGUGCCUCCUCCGGCUCCAGCUGCUCCUCCGGCACCUGCAGCUGUAAGUAUGUGAGCCGUCCCAGCCAGUAUCUGAAAUGCUUACCAUACAUUCUCAACGCCCACCCUACAUAGUCUCCCGCCCCUCCUGCGCCACCGUCUGCCGAGCCCGACGUGGCUCAAUUGGCGAAACAAGUAGACGACACCAAGUUGGCUCCGCAGACUGCCGAGGCACUUGCCGCACCUGCAAGCGGAGCAGCUGGUCUGCGUGCUGUCGCGGUCUACGAGUGAGUGUUAGCUUGCGUUGUUUUCUGCGCGUCCUGGGUGAGCUGUCUGACGCCCGGAUUGUCGCAUUCACUCGUCAGCUACGACGCGACAGAAGAGAAUGAAAUCUCGUUCAGAGAAGGCGAUACUAUCACUUCGAUUCAACAACCGGACGAGGGUUGGUGGAGCGGUGUUGCUCCGGAUGGAAGCGAGGGUCUGUUCCCGGCGACGUACGUCGAGGUGAUUGAAGGGGAGUCUGCUAUCGAUGGCGCGGCAGGAGAAGAGGCUGCGCCACCACCUCCCCCACCACCUCCUGCGCCUCCUGCUGUGAGUAAGGUAUCUCGUCAGUGCCAGCUUUGCACGUCUUGCUCACACCGUCUCUUUUGACUUGUCUGCUCCUCGCGAGAAGCCGCCUGCGGCUCCUGCAGCCCCUCCUGUGGCGGCGGAAGAGGUACCUGUGAGCGCAAUCGACGUCUCGAUUUCCAUCAGCUCGUUGCACCUCUGACAUGGAAACGCAUCUCACUCCAUCAAACAAAGCCUCCGCCGCCCCCUCCUCCUCCUCCUCCGCCCCCACCAGCAGCUGAGCCAGUCGCUGCAAUUCCUGCUGCGCCUCCCGCACCGCCCGCACCGCCCGCGCCCCCAGCUCCACCAGCGGCGGCAGCUCAAGAGCCAGCUGGUCCGACAGCCACGGCGCUCUACGCCUACGAAGCGGACGAAGAGAACGAGCUCACGCUUCAGGAGGGGGAAACGAUUGUUGGGAUCGUCUUUGAGAGCGAAGAGUGGUGGAGCGGUACCAGCUCGACUACGGGACAGGCAGGUCUCUUCCCAGCCAACUACGUCGAGCUGCACGAGUGA